GUUAAACCGGGCGUUUCCUCUCGACUGCCAUUUUCCAUCUUCGGCUUUUUAGUCCUGAGGUUUGCCUUCCAUGGCAAACCCUUACAGAUCAAGGGAAGGUCUCAGCGCAAGGCCGGUGGGUUCUUCUGAUGAGGUUCAAUUGAGGAUUGAUCCGUUACACGGUGAUCUUGACGAAGAAAUUUCUGGUCUCCAUUCUCAAGUUAGACGCCUUAAAGCGGUGGCUCAAGAGAUUGAAACAGAAACAAAAGCUCAGAAUGAUCUGAUCUCAGAUCUGCAAAUAACCUUGAGUCAAGCUGGAGCAGGGGUGAAGAAUGGCAUGAAGAGGUUGAACAGGACUAUCCAGCAGAGCUCAAAUCAUAUUGUCCACGUGAUUGUUUUCGGACUAGUUUUCUUCACAUUUGUCUACUUGUGGUCCAAGCUUUCUAGAAAAUGAGAUUAACCACGGUUUCAGCGAUAUAACAUGUGACGGAUUGUUUUUGUAUUGAUAUUUUUCCCUUUACCUACUUUGUGGUCCAGGCCUCUUUGAUGGAGACCAGCUAAUGUGUAGAGUAGACAUAUCUGUAAACAGACUAGAAUAUUUAGGUACGCAACUGCAUAGUUGCAUACUAGAAUACUUGGCAUAGAUUGUAAGUUUCUUAUUUUGGAGAAUGUUAUUCUUUUAUUGUUUUGUCGCCCUACAAA